GAGAAACCUUUUGCAAUUGCAGUUUUUCUUCUGAUUUUCCGACCACACUACCCAAACCACAGUGCAUUGUGUGCAUGCAAGAUAUAAAGUCCUGAUAGACAUAGACUCUGACGGUCUAUGAACACAGACAAUACAUAACACAUAACGAUAUUCUUUACUGUACUUGACACCAAAUCUAAGUGCGUCCUUGUGGUUCCUGCUAUUGUACGGACUAGGUGGGCAUCUGGGGACGGAAUGUUUGACUUUUUAUUUUAGGGUUAACGUUGAAAUGUGGAGUUUUAUAUGUUAACAUUUAAAGUGUUGUAUAUUUUUAACAGAUUCCACAUUUAUAAACCCAUGUCAAGUUAGCGCUUUAAAACAGCAAUCUAUGUGAAAUCAUAUUGCAUUCCUCAAAUGGUAUUGAAGCUGCCUGCCUCAGAAUGAGGUUACAUUGUUUCCUGUUUGUAACUGAAGAGCAGCCAGGUUUCAAAGAGAGAGGCAACUAAGGCGGCGUAAAAAUAGACUACAGUGUAGCACACCUCCCUGAUUAAACACAGUGAUGUCCCGUAGCCUGAGAGCAAUCGCGUCAAACUGGUGUCCCAUGUUGUUCGAGGCGGCUGGAAUAUGGGGGGAGAAUGUUUCGCUGUACAAGUAGGUCUGGGGGUGUCGUGUCUGGCCUUGUUGAUGUCUCUGUGCCUCAAUUUCAUUUUGUACAUCAAACUGAGAGCCACUUCGUCCACAGACAAAAAUGAGUCCGGCUACCAGCACACUUCUGAUGAAGAUCUGGUGUCACAGCACGAAGAGCUAUAUUUCCGUGACACGAAUCAUCAAGAGCAGCAGGAAAAUCCCCUCAAUGAUUGUGAGCAACAGGAAAAUCCAAUCUAUGGCAACAUCAGCACAGACAGAGGAGUUACUCCAGAGGCUUGCUACGAGACGAUGACCAUGCAACGCAAAAGAGAGCGUAUGAAGCCUUUAGAGCCUGACCUGAAUUAUGCCUCGCUGGAUCUGAAGAUUGCAAACAAACGCAAAAAGAAGGCUCGCCAUCAGCAGGGUCAGACGCACGGACGGAACAAGUCCCAAGAUCAGCUGCCAGUCCACCACACGCCCCCGGCGAAUACCUUCCUGGAGGUGGACGCGGACUUGGACGCUCAUCUUCCCUCCAAGGACACCAACACCAUGGUUUCACACAGUAGCAUCUACCUGAACAGCCAGCAGAUAGCUCAAGAGGCGGAGGAGAUGGGCAGAGGAAGGAGCAUACACAAGGAGAGGGAGAAUGCGGGCUGGGAGAGCAUGCGGAGGCGCGAGGAUGGGGGAAGCAGAGAAUGGAGGAGAGAUCAAGAGGGUGAGGACAGAACAGGUGGCAGCAAUGGGAGCGUGUGCACGCAGCUUCCAGAGGCAGACAUUUUUCAGAGCGGCGCAGAUCACUUCACCGGCUUCUUUAGCGUUGAUAGCGACCAACAGGUAUAGACAAAAUGUCAAAUUAGGACUGUUUUGAUGUUUCAAACUGAACUCCGGGCCAAAUGAAAACGCCAAGAAAACUACUGUCUCUGCAAGCGUGAAAAACUAUGUGAUCGUCGGUAUUCAACGGACUUCUGCAGAAUUGAGCAAUUUCCCCUCUGAGGCAGGCAAACUACCUCUUGAACUCUCCGUAUUGAGCAACUGAAGAACACAUGUGUAACUUUCUGUGCAAAGGGUGUAUUAAAUGUAGCAUAUAAAAAAACAGAAAAGGAAAGUCUGAGUGUGACAUUUAGAGGUCAAGGGCCACGUGGAAAUUUUCAAUUUAUUGCGAAAGCCUAAGAAACAUCCAAUCGUCACAGCGCACAGGAGAACUUUAACUGUUUUGAUGUCUAGUAAUCAUACAUCAACAGAUGUCUCAUAGGAAGGUGUGCGGAAAAACAAUGUUACAUUCGUUUUCCAUGGCGUGGGCGAGGGUUAAGCCUUCAGAGAACUGCCUUCCCUCAGCACCGCUCCUCAGUGAUGUGAGGACUAAAUUAUUAAUCCGGGGAAGAGAAAAAUUAAAGGCAGAGGGAUAGCUGUAAGUGGGACAUAAGUGGUGCCAUUUUAUUUCCCCUGUGGGCACGUUGCAGUUUGUGGUAAAUGUCACCCACGCACUAUUUCGCACGUCAGAGUUACAAUAAUGGUCAUUAACGUCAUAAUCUAUGACCUGAUGCGCCAUCUGCUUAAAUCAUGAUUUCCCUCUCUGUAAUCUCUACGCUGGCAUGACUAUUCACAGCCCUGCUAUCUGCUGAGGACACUGCGCUCUGACAUGAACUCAUGAUGCCUGCAGCACACUAACUGUUUGUUGACAGUUUCCCAAUAGCUGACCACGGCCUACUUCUGCUCUAUGGAUUAAUUUUUGCCAUUUUGGAUAUAAAGUGUUACGGACAUACAGGAAUGCAACAAAGGGGGAAAAUAAGACCACACAAAUAACAGGAAAUUGUUAGAAAAUAGAUAUAGUUCUUUCAUAGGAAAUAGGACAUUGAUGAUUGAUUUGGCGACACUUAUAGUUUGUAGUGGUAAUAGCAAGUAGUAAAACUAAUUAUUGUUGUUUUAGCAUAAUAAAACCGGUAAUUAUUAAUUCUGUGAGCAACCGCGCUCUGAUUUCACGCUUCACGCUGCAAAGACUCCAAACACAGUGAGAGGAUUAGGCUGCCUAGUUAAGAAGCCUGUCGCCUGCAGCUCCUCAUCUAGCAGCUCACUGCGGCCUGCCUUCUUAUUCCUUUAUUUACAUCCAAUACUCCAAACUGAACCGCCGUCAAAGCAUGCCACAAGUGACGGCGGCCUUUGUUUUUAACUCACUUCUUUCUGUGCCACUGCCGACUGACAGAGCUCACUGAAUGUCCUGUGACGUCUUCCUAAUAAAAGUCAGCCGCAGCGGGAGGAAAUGUUCAGUUUGCGUUUGCUGCUGUAUUUUUAGCAUUCACAUCCACAUAUCUUAUAGUUUACAUUGUUAAUGAUGCAUGUACAUAUGAUCUGAAGAGACCCUUUUUUUUCGCCUUAUUCAGGGUAGUUUAGUUUUUUUUAGACUAGAUAGUGAUUUAAUUUAUUUAAAUAAAAAUCUUUGACAGUGCCACUUAAAUCCGUAAACGGUAGCCUGUUUAACUUCUUAUCAGCUGAAUUAAAUGAUUAAACGGCACAACCAGUGCCAGUGUGUAUUGUGUGUAUAGUGUGCUAGUCUCUACUUGAAAUUGUUCUCCAUCUUCUUCAGUUGCACAGGAUGACGGUUAUUUGGUUGGUUAUUCUGGGUGACAAUAAAGAAUGCACUUUUCUAAUGCAGCUUAAGCUUUUAAAGUGUUUAAGAUUUUAAAGUUGCAUAGAAAUGGUAGUAUAGUAAUAAUAGUUAAAUCAACAUGGUAAUGAUGAUCAGUGACAGCUUAAUGUACUGACAUGCUUUUAUGAUGUAUGGCUCACAUAGAAGGUUUUAAUGUCCUCAGCUAGAUCCCUGAGCGCUCAAGCUACGGGUUUAUGCCUUUCUAUUACAGCAUGGCAAUAAAGGGUGGUUCACAAAGGGAAAUGACAUUUAACUUGACAAAAAGAUCCUUUUCUACUGAAUAAAGAUGAUCUCCUAAAAGUGUUACCUACAGUUACAAUAAAAGGAACUGCUCAACCCAACUAAAUUCAUUUUUGAGGACUUCAAAGAGAAGACUCCCGUGGUAUGGAUUGCCAGCGUGAGUUCAGAUAACACAGACCCCGGUAAAAUGCUACAGCAUAAUAUUCAAUGGUGCAGAGUUUAUGGUUGCAGUUGCGUCAAGGCCAGCUGUAACAGAAAAAUGCAGCAUCCACACUCUUUGUGUCUUUUUGCAGCUAGACCUACAGAUACUCUAUAUGUUUACAAUCCAAGACAGUGCAUAACAUUUUUAUAUUAGGCCACUGAAAUGUCUUGGCCAAGUCACAGAGAUUGUGACGAUCUUUGGGAAGGUAAUUAAGUCUGCUAUUGCUACUAAGACGAUAGUAGCUAACAGUAGUUUCCUUACCUGGUCACGAGGUCUACGAGGAUACGAACAGGUCUGUUUUGUUUGAACAAAUUGCCCCUGUUGUUGUUUUUGUGUUUAUAUAGACCAAUCUGUAACAAACUAAAUAUGUUACUCAAACUAUAAGAAGCAAACGAAUAUUUUUGAAAAAUAAAAACAACUCUGUCCCAAUUUGUGCUAAUAUCAUUGGUCACGUAGCUAACUUGCCGUACCUGUUCAGGUGCCUGGACGUCGACGACCCCUGGCUUCUUGGCGGAGUGUCGCAAAAAUAUUCACCAAAAAAAAAAAAAACAACAACAACAA